AUGCAGCCACCGCGGGAGAACAAAACUCCAAGUAAAUGGUAUAAAGAGGUUGUACUUGGUAUCCUUGUGCCAUUCUCCGCCAAAACUGAGAGUGCUACCGUCGCUGCUACGUUCCAAGUUGUUAUGAACCUUAAAUUGUCCAUGGUAAAAAUUAGUAGAUGCAAAAGUUCCAAACGUCUCGCUCCACAGCUCUCCAUUAGGGAGAUGUAUAACUCGGUAUCCAUAAGAGUCAUCAGCGUACAAAUCAUGGGAUACAAUAGCAAACUCACGAGAAUAGACAUUGGGGUAGUCAGAGUUAAAGGCGAACCAGUAAAUGUUUCCGUUGAUGGUAAUGGGAUUGAUGUCAGCCACAUUGUGCAUAUGGGGACGAUAUCGGAAAGUCUUGAAAGUCCACAAACCCGUCUCAGAUGUGUGUUGGUGUUGAAGGCACAUGGGCUCUAUCCGUAUCCAGAUCCUUACUACAGAAGCGUCUUUGCACAGCAACAGUAUCUUCCACAUCCCUAUCCUGGGCUGGGGUAUGUACAAUUGCAGUUAAUGGGAAUGCAGCAACCAGGGGUUCCAUUGCAAUGUGAUGCAGUAGAGGAGCCUGUUUUUGUUAACGCAAAACAAUACCACGGUAUACUCAGGCGCAGGCAAUCCCGGGCAAAACUCGAGGCACGAAAUAGAGACAUUAACUCCUUGCCCUACAUGCAUGAAUCUCGGCAUUUACAUGCUAUAAGACGGCCAAGAGGAUGUGGUGGUCGGUUUCUCAAUGCCAAGAAGAAAAAUGGAGAGCAGAAGGAGGAGGAAGAGGAGGAGGAAUCCUCCGAUGAGAACACUUCAGAAGCAAGUUCCAGCCUCCGGUCGGAGAAAUUAGCCAUUGCUGCUUCUGCUCCUAAUGGUAGAUCUUGAGUAAGGUUCCUGCUGGACAACCACAGUUUAGGUUCUGUUUUUGGGUGGAUGUUUGUCUCAGAGCAUCAUCGUCUUUAGUGUUGUUUUUGGACAUCUCUGUGUAUAGGUUAUUUGCUAGGGUUACGUUGUUUUAGUGAUUAGAAAUAAUACAGAGCAAAGAAAUGAAAAGUGUGAUUGAAAUUA